AUGCAUAGCAAGGUGUGGGAAAUGAUACACGAAUAUCUGCACAGCCUAGGACAUUUUUCAAUUAGAACCAUUUGAAUUUUGGCCACCCAGCAGCAAAAACUGAUAUUUUCAUUGCUUAUUAUAGGUGUGAGUUGAUAAUUCAUUUGCAUUGUACUAAAAGGUUUGUUUAGAUUUAUAUUUCCUUCUAAAUGCCUUUUUUUGGUGACAAGGUGCCUUGAGUUUUCCUACAUUCAGCUGGAAGGUUUUUUAUUUGAAAACAUAACUGCCCAAGUCAUUACACCCUGACAAUGAAGUAAUUUAAAUAAAUAAAAAUAGGGGCAGUUAGUCAAAAGCCCUUGUUCUGUGUAUGAACAAGCAAUCCCAGCAUGCACAGCUACCAGCUUUAGAUAAUGCAGGCAGCAUCACCAGAUAAUCAGAUCUCUCUGUUAAAAGAGAUUCUUUUUUUCUCUUCAUUGUAUUGAUAUACAUUAAUUCUUUAUAAUAACAUGUUUAGCUGUAAUGUAAAUGUAGUACCAUGAGAUAUUUCUAGCAUUUCUACCCCAGGAAUCACCUCAGCGCGCCACAAGGCAGUGCAUUUGUUAUGUUGUGAUAUAUGCAAGCUUCCUCAUUCAGAACUGGAGGGUUGCUGCAAGCGCAUGUCACUUGACUGAGAGCAGCAAGCAAUAUGCAGCCACUGUCAGUACAGGCUGUCCUAUUUAUAUAAGUGUUUUCAGUUGUGCUAUGCAUGUGUGGUCACACCGAAAGGCUCUCAAAGGGAGGAAUGUUUACAUCGUAACGGAAUGUUAGAAGGAAUCACAUCACAUUACAGACUCUAAGGAUCCUUUCUCCUUUGUGGAUAUGAUCAAGGUAAAAAUGUGCUUCGUGGAAAGGAAUGGCAAAGAAGGACUCAAAGUGAGGGUAUUUGCUCUACAAAUUACCCCCUCUUCAGUUAACCCUUUAAGACUAGAAAAGAAGAUGACCUGUGAAGCAAUAUCCAAAGUUCUUUUGACAACUAUGAUGAAAUGAAGGACCUUUUGAGUGAUCACUCUAACCAGAGUCAUCUUGUUGGUAUUCCAAAAUCUGACACAGCAAAGUAACAUUUUUAAUGCUUUUUUAGUGAGAUCUGAUUUUUAUUACACAAUCUUGGGGUACUUAAACUUUCUUUACUAUCAUUAAUAGACUAGAAAAGAAGAUGGCCUGUGAAGCUGUAUCCAAAGUACUUUUGGCAGCUAUGAUGAAGUGAAGGACCUUUUGAGUGAUCAAACCAGAGUCAUCUUGUUGGUAUUUCAAAAACUGACACAGCAAAGGAACAUUUUCAACUAAAAAUUGGAGAUAUAAACAAUCCUUCUGUGAGAAGUGACAUAAGUCCACCUAAAGUACCCGUGCAGGUGGGCAUAAUAGCCACCAUGACCUGGCAGGAUCCUGGCCAUUCAUUUGCGCAUCAGCAACAGUUAAAAACAUCUGAUCGGAAAAUGGUUGGUUCUGCUACAAAAGACUGUAUAGGUGGGCACCAGAAAUGUGUUAUGGAAAAAAAUAAAAACUGCUUGUUACAACCUGUAUUAUCACCAUCCUCAUCUGAUAACCCUCCACAAAAUAUUUUAGUGAGUAAUAAGAACAGUUCCCACAGGAGACAACAUCCACAGCUAAAUUGCAGCCUAGAAAUCAGCAGCAGUGCACCCUGUAUGCAGAACUUUUCUGCCACAAAGCUGAAUGCAGUUCAGCAAAAGCCUACUGCAUAUGUGCGUCCAAUGGAUGGUCAAGAACAGGCAGUAGAUGAGUCGCCGAAGCUAAAAUCUUCCACCGAAGUGAAUAUUCUCCUCCCUUUGUAUAGAGAACUUUGCCAUAAACGUGUCUCUGACAAGAUAAAGUCUGAUGAAAUAGAUACAUGCUCCAAUCUCAACCAAGAAGAGGAGAAUCAUCUGAGCAACAUAGGACUAUCCAGUAAAAAGAAUGCUGAUUUCAAGGACAGGAGCCCGACAAAGUGUGCACCUCAGAUAUCGAUGUUGGAAGAUGACUUGAAGCUAAGCAGCGAUGAGGAGGAUAUUGAUCAGCAGGCAGUUCAGGAAGAAUCCUUAGGAGUCCAAAGUGACAGUGGGGAAGUUCAGGAUCUCAGUAAAAGAACUUCAGGAGUUUCCACACUGACAAGCAGCAGCUCCAGUGAAUCUGACACUAGUUCAGAGUCGGACUCUGAAAGCGAAAGCAGUUCCAGCGAGGCAGAGUGCACUAAGGCUUCAGGCUACAUAAGCCCUGAGCCUGAGCAACCAACAUCAAACAAAUGGCAAUUGGAUAAGUGGCUCAACAAAGUUCAUCCUAACAAAACCGUGAUUCUCAGCAAUACACAUUGCCCUUCUUAUGGUAGUUUAAAGGAGGAUGCUGGCAACAGUGAAAAUUUGUCACAAAUAUGCCAGUCUAACCAUAACUGUAAUAAAGAUACAAGGGAGGACAAAAGACCAUGGAACAUAUGCACAGACCUAGGGAAUAAUAAAGACACAGGAUUAAAAUCUUCAGCUUCCAUUGAAAUUGCUGCUUCGAUAGCUGUUGCAGUUCCUACAACAGAAAGCACUUUUCAGAGACAACCUGCUUGCAGAAAACUCACAAGGAGGACAGAACAGACAUCUACUGGAGAUAAACAGAACUGCUAUAGUCCAGAUGAGCCUUCCUUAAACCAAGCAACUGUUGGUGAUAAUAUAACAGAACAGCCUAAAAGCAGAUUGUUGGGAACAGGUAGAGGUUUGUACAAAAGAGAUCCCAGGACAUCUAAACUAGGGGCUGAAAUUAGGAGGACUCGAGGUUUAAACAGAUCAGCUUCCAAAUCCAAGGAAUUUAUUCAGUUUUCAUCUCAGUCUUCAGAUCUUGGAAUCGAAACAGAACUGGAAAUCUCAGCUCUUUCCACAAAUACAUCAGCCACUCCAGCAACUGAAAAUAACCACAGACUUAAGGAGUGGGGGGGCAAUAAUAUUAAUAGGGCCAGUCCAUGCGUUGCCAAUACCACUACCACAACUGACUUAGCUAAGGAGCUGGAUGAACAGUAUUACACACUGGUUCCAUUUGGUAGGAAUGAGAAUGUCUUUUCAAUAAAGGGCAAUGAUGAGGUCAAGUCACUUUGGGUCAGGAUUGAUUUAACUCUUUUAUCAAGAAUACCAGUGGAACUGGCCCAGGAGACUCUUAUCAUGAAUACCAGUAUGAAAGAAGCACACAGGUCCUCAACUCAUAAAAGUUUUACUUCAGUAGCAGAGAAGGCUUUGGAGAAAACCAGGAAGAAACGUAAGUCUGAAAAUGAAGCGUCUCGGGAAGUGAAAAAAAAUCAUGUAGAAAAGGACAACUGUUUGCAAGAAACUGUUUUAUCUGACACCUUUGAUAUGGCCAAUUUACACAGCACCAACCCCAUCAGGACCAGCAUGAGUGAAAGCAAAUCUCAUGUUUAUCAGAGAUCCCUCCAUGUUCCUUCAGAAACCAGCACUUUGCUUCAUACAGAAGAUGUGCACUUAAACCUUUGGUCAUCUUUGCCACAUGGGCACAAAGAUUUAAGAAGUCAGAUGUUGUUUGACAAUAGGCCGCGCAGUGCAGACUAUUUUAUGCAAGAAGCUAAACAGAUGAAGCAUAAAGCAGAUGCAAUGAUGGACAAAUUUGACAAAGUUCUGAAUUACACUGAAGCAGCCUUAUCGUUCAUUGAGUGUGGGAAUGCAAUGGAACAUGGCCCCAUUGAGUCAAAGUCUCCAUAUACAAUGUAUGCUGAAACAGUAGAACUAAUAAGGUAUGCCUUGAGGUUAAAAUCACACUCGGGUCCUAAUGCAACUUCCCAGGACAAGAAAAUCACAGCAUUAUGCUAUCGCUGUUUGGCUCUUCUGUACUGGAGAAUGUUUAGGCUCAAAAGGGAUCAUGCUGUAAAGUACUCAAAAGCUCUUAUUGACUAUUUCAAGAGCUCAUCUAAAGCAUCCCAAGCUUCAUCCUCACAGGGUUCCAAUGGAAAAACCACUGGUACUCCAUCCCCCACAUCACCUAGUCCUUCUUCGGUGAGUUCUGUUGGUUCUCAAGGAAGUACCUCCAACAGCUCUAUUAUUAGCAUCCCACAGCGAAUUCACCAGAUGGCAGCAAACCAUGUCAGUAUUACCAACAGCAUUCUGCACAGCUAUGACUACUGGGAGAUUGCUGAUAAUCUCACCAAAGACAACCAAGAGUUCUUUAAUGAGCUUGAUGUGUUAAUGGGACCGAUCACGCUGCACAGUUCAAUGGAGCACUUAGUACAGUACACACGUCAAGGACUUCAUUGGGUACGGCACAGUGCACACAUGCUUUAGCCCAUCUUGGGACCUCAGAACUGCUGCAUCAUUUUCUACUGGACGUUUAUCUAUAAGGCACUGUGGUGUGCAGGAGUGUGGUCAUAGAAUUUUAUAAAAGGAUCCUCAGAAAUGGACCGUACUACUGCUCAUAUUCUCAUUUUGGUUUUAUUAUCUUGCCAGGAUAUUAUACAGAAAGGUCACUAGAACUUGGCACUGGAUUAGAGAAAACAGUUGCAAGAUUAUACAGUAUAUUUUUCAUUAGGGGCAGAAUGUGAGUAUAUUGUGUUUCUGCCAACGAACUGGUGAAAAUGCAAGAAGCCAUCACAAUAUCAAUUUACCUAUAGUUCUGCAAUCUUGUGCAUCAUGGAACAGCUCAGUUUGGUAAGCAAGAAAAGUUCAGACAUUCAGUUUUGCCUGGAUGCUGCCACAUCAUUGCCCUCUCUGUUAUACACAGUGUAGACACAUGCUGAGUCUGCCCCAGGGAAUAUCCAGCUGUGUAAGUGCCCUUUAGAGCACCUUUAUUCUGCGUCUUGUGCAGAAUCAGUGUUCUGCGAUCAGUAAUUGCUGGGAAGGCUGCAUAGAACAGCUAUUCUACUUCUAUCUGACCCUUUUAAGAAUAUUAGUAACCAAGGAAAUAUAAAUCUUUUACCAGAAUUAAUACUUUUAAUAACUGUAUAUAAAGGAUUAUAUAUUUAGGAUACCAUUUUUAAAACAUGAUAACAUAUUUACAAGAUAUGUAUGUAAAAACCAGGAGAGAUGUAGGUUAGAUGGCCUUUUACACAAUGGUAAGAUUAUCCAAUUAUAUUUUCAUUGGCUGCAGUUGGAUCUGAAUGUCUAGACUACAUAGAACUUGCUGUGCUUCUGUCUAUGGAAACCAUUUACUUCAACUGGACAACAGUUACAGCAUACUGAAUAUUACAUCGGAUAGUUAAUGCCCUGCUGCAUAGUGAGAAAAUGUAUCUGGUAGCAAUAUGUUAGCAGACUGCAGUGCAUUCACCUAGAAUCAGAUCGGAAUUUGUGUGUGUAUUUUACCAGGAAGCAGAAUGAUUGUAAUCCAAGAUGAUGUCUUCAGAACAUAUGAAAAUCAGAGCCACUUCUCUGCACCCCAAUGCAUUCACUGAAGCCCAGAAAUGUGUGUAUGUUAUCUUAAUCCAGGGUGACACACAGUUUUGUCUCUAAUUGGGUUAACUGGCUUUGUAUAGCUAUGUGUAUUGGUGUUUUCCAAUGCACGCUGCUUUUGUAAUCAUGCACUAAGUGGGAAAUGCAGCCAAACCAUAACAUUUUAUUUCUGACAAAAAAUGCUUGUAACAAACUUGUGACAAUAAAACUCUUGUAAAGCAA